AUGGAUUCUGAGCCUUCACCACCUCGAAGACAAUAUCCUACAGAGACACUUCCGAAUGCGAGAGAAAUCGCAGCUGCCAGGCGUGAUCUUAGAGCUGACGAAGAGGCCCUAGCACGCCUCAAAGCACUCGAAAAGGAGGCCUUAGCCGAACUAGAAGUGAAGAAGAAACAAAUUCAAGAACAAAUCUCUGUCUACCACACCAGGCGCGAUGCCAUUCGCGAAAACAGGAGACAGACUCUCAGCUAUCUCGCCCCCAUCCGCCGACUGCCUCUUGAAAUCUAUCGGGAAAUAUUCCUUGCAUCGGGGUUAUCGGAUUAUACAGGCAAGAUACCAUGGACCAUCGCAAGUGUGUGCCGGAUCUGGAGAAAGAUGGCUCUAGACUUUCCGAACCUUUGGUCAACUAUCCGCUUCCGCGGAACAGUUCUCAGCUCACCAGAUAUCAUUCGUAUAUGGGUGGACCGAUCCGGAAAUAGCGUCCCACUCGACAUCGAUAUAGAGAUUGGUCGCCGACGAACGAGAAGCUCGGGCCCCCGAAUGAUAUCAAGCUAUAUGAGACCGCGUCACCUGUUCGACCGGAGCUCUUACCCAGAUGAUGGGACUGUUCAGAGGGCUCUUCAGUGGGGCCACGUUGCCUUUUACUAUCUCCUCACCCAGAAACACAGAUGGAGAUCAUUUGCUUUUGAAUCAUUGGACGUACCUGUCGAGGCUCUGGAGUACAUCCAAGGUCCAUUUCCUCUUCUCGAGGAGUUCCGUGUUCAAUGUGGGGAUCACUACUUCCGCCCCUCAAGUUGGCAGUGGUUCCUCUGCAAAUCAAAUGGAGAUGCAACACCUGUUUUGCGCAAAUUGACGCUGGACCACGUCAACUUUUCGUGGUCAUCACCCGUAUUUCGGGACCUUACCACUCUUCGCAUCCACUCUCCAUCCCAAGUCACAUACCAUCCAAAUCUUGCAACACUCGACUCUGUUUUUGGCAUAUUACGUGAAAACCCUAAUCUACAAGUCCUUUCACUCCAUCUCCAAGGACUCCAGAACUCUGUCUUACCCAAUCCAGAUAUCCUCGCGUUACCACACCUUCGGUCGCUUUCACUAGAAGGCGCACCGCAAUUCCUCACGCUCAUGCAAUAUCUCAAACUCGCCUCGUUGCGAACUGUCAACCUCAAGUUUGAGGUGCCUCAAAGCACCGAUUUCGGAGAAAAGUUUAGCGACCUCUUACGUCGCUCCGAUCUUCCGGCCAUCACCGGCAUGUCCAUCCAGCAUCCCUACAGGAUUCAUGAGGCCAGCCUAGGAUACUUUGAGUGCCUCGAAGAUUUAGAAGAACUCACGGUGUCGAGGAUACCGUUGGAGGAUCUCUUGCUGACGCUAGAUGGCCCGAGUGCCGACGGCUCACUCAUCUGUCCUAAUCUCACCAAACUCACCCUCCAGCAUUGUCCAGGAAGACGCGAUAUGGACACUAUACUCCCACGGCUCAUCAAUUUUGUCGACCAACGAACAACGUCGGCUACGCGUGGUCUGAAGAAGAAAUUGCAGGUGCUCAAGAUUAUCCAUUGCGGCUGUAUCAUCACGCCCGACACGCAUAAUUGGCUCAAGAGACGACUAAGAGAGUUCAAGUCUGACGAAAUGAAGCUUAUGAGCAUUACGCCUCUUGAUUACGAGGUCUUUUGA